UCACAACAACGAAGCGCGCUCGUCAACGCCGCGUGCACGAGCCGAGGCUUCCUCAACAGCCCAGCGGGACCAGGAAGUGAAAGUGUACACAUGGAGGGUGUGUCUUUCCCUGUCUCGGUAUGUUUUCUUUUUAAAAACACGGUCCUCCUCGGAUAAAUUCAUGGGCGACUCGGCGAGAACCAAGCGGCGGGAGCAACUCAAGCGCUGGGCCGGUUCCUGCACCGACAAAGCGUCGGCCGUGCCCAGGCGGAGAUGGCGAGGCGAUGCCGAGGAAAGAGGAACCGAGGAGCGGGAGGCCGAGCGGCAGGACCCUCCGAGGGAGCAGUCUUGUUUUGGGGAAGAUGAAAGCAGUCCGCUCCUCAAGAGACGAAAAAGGGUGAGGUUUGACCGGGCGGCAGAAUUCCUAGCUGCGUGUGCAAGUGGGGACACGGAGGAGGCCCAAGUGAUGCUGAAGGAGGCCAAAGAAAUAACAAGCAGCAACGAGGAGGAUGCGGGGGAAAUUAUUAACUGCUCCAACGCAGAUGGAAUAACUGCAUUGCAUCAGGCCUGCAUCGAUGGUAGCAUGGAGAUGGUGUCCUUCCUCUUGGAACACGGCGCCAAUGUGAACCAGGUUGACAGCGAGGGGUGGACGCCGCUGCAUGUCGCCGCCUCCUGCGGCUACCGUGAUAUCGCAGAUUUCCUUCUGCGCAACGGGGCUUCUCUCUCUGCCGUCAACUGUGACGGAGACGUUCCUGUGGACAUCGCUCUGGAUGAAAGCACUGAGGCGCUUCUGCAGGACUACACUCUGAGACAAGGUGUGGACUUGGAGGCGGUAAAACGGUUAGAGGAGGAGCAGAUCACCACAGAUGCUCAGACCUGGCUGGCUGAGGGACCACCCACUGACGUACGACACCAAAGGACUGGAGCCACCCCUCUACACGUGGCUGCAGCCAAAGGCUACCUGGAAGCUCUCAAGUUACUGUGCCAGUGUGGACUGGAUGUGUCCGCUAUGGACUUUGACGGGUGGACUCCUCUUCACGCUGCUGCACACUGGGGUCAGGGAGAGGCCUGUUGCAUUCUGGCAGAACACAUGUGCAACAUGGAGGCCCGCAGCAACGCGGGCCAGACGCCACUGGAUGUAGCAGAUGAAAGUGUGGAGGACCUCCUGGAGGAGCUCGCUCAGAAACAAGCCAAUUGGCGCAACGAGCAGUCCGUACGAGACAGACAAAACCAACAAGGCGCUCCUGCUGCCAGUACACAAAGUAAACGAAGGAGGAGCUCAGUGUGUAGGAUGAGCAGUAAAGACAAGAUGAACGUGCAGGACCAGUCUAAGGAGAGGGGCAUCUCAGGAAGCCUGGAGCUGAGCGAGGACAAGGAGAGCAGCCCCGAGAGCUCCACCGUGUCCAGUCCUGACACCGAGAGCGUGACCGCAUCUGCUGCCAGUCCAGCUGACAAGACCUCGGAGGAGAGAGAUGAGGAGGAAGAGGAGAAGGAACAGGACAAGGUGAUCCGCACCGCGAGGGUCCAUCCCACCCCUCAUACGAGGGACGUUCCGUCUGAGAGCUCCAACACACCCGCAGCUGACCGACGCAAGUAUCAGGCGCCAGUCAGAGAUGAGGAGUCAGAAUCUCAGAGGAAAGCUCGUUCCCGACUCUUGCGCCAGUCCCGCCGCUCCACUCAGGGUGUGACCUUAACAGACCUGAAGGAAGCAGAGAAGACCGUCUCCAAAGCUGCCGAUUCCCUGCCUCGCAACAUUCAGCCUGUCAGCCCCAUCAUUACUCUCACGCCAGCUGAGAGGGAUACAGACCCAGUCAAGCAGGAGUCAGAAGGAGACAAGCGUCUAGGAGUCAAGGACAGGAGGCGUGCAAGGAAGGAAAGGCGCUCCACUGGUGUCAUUCAGCGGGAUGGAGAAAAUGAAGAUGACGACGCUCAUUUGGAUGAUCAGAUCAGGAAGUCCGAACUCAAUUCUAGUGGAUUGGGAGACGGCGACUACAGGAUGCUCUACUUCCAGGUACUACAGCAGAACCUGGCACUGAAGGACAAGCUGCAGGAGAUGGAACUGCUGCUCAGUCAGAACAAAGUGGAGCUGGAGAGACUCCGACAGAGUCAAGAGAGCACCACAGACAGGCCCGCCUUGUUGGAGCUGGAAAGAUUUGAGAAGUUGGCCCUCCAGAGGAGAGCAGUGGAACUGGAAGAUGAGCUGAAGGUUCUUGGGGACCUGAAAGCCGACAACCAGCGGCUGAAAGAUGAGAAUGCUGCCCUCAUUCGAGUCAUCAGCAAACUGUCCAGAUGAAGCCGGAAAAAACACAGCUUCCAUCGACCAUUCUACCACCUUCCAUUUUGGACUGUCGCCGAUGUACUGGAGGACAAGCUGAGGCGCACCUUUUAGUGGACUCUUCACCUUUUCUUUUAUGGAUAUUGUUUUUUAUUGGCAUUUUUUUAACUGGAAGAUUUUAAGUCAUUCCCGUCCCUGCUUUGUAUGAAAUCUGUACUAAGAAACUAAAAGCCAUGCAAUAGUUUGGAUCUUAAAAAAAAGGGAGAGGAAAAAGAAGUGCAGUCCGUGACCAGGAAAAGACCAAAUGUGCCAAAUCCUGCUCAGAUCAAAUGCAUGUUCUGAGGCUAUCUUUGUAAUUUAGCCUGUCCUUGUAGUGGCCCCCGCCUGUAACAUGUUCAUCUCAGUUUAACCCGCGUACAAAAACCCAAGUGUGGCGGAUCUCAAUAGCUGCCAAGUCUGCAGACGCGUCACAUGGUCACCUUCUCGGUGUUUACCCAAGAUGAUGAUGGUGCAAUGCUGUGCCUUUUCUGUAAUUCUAUUUUAUUAUGGCAAAUGAAUACUGUUAACAUGCAGCA